CCUAACUUGUAGUGGCUUUUUAUUUUUGUUUGCCAAGGAAGAUAUUUUAUGUUUAUUUCGCGACUUCGAUUAAAGAUAGCGAAAAUCUACCCCAAUUCAUAGUAUUUAUGAUUGUCAUGAUCCAUUAAUCAACCGUUACGAUGGCCGAACCACUAUCCGCGAUUCUAAAUAACAUUUUAAAAGUUGAAGGGAUUGAAGAGGCUUUUAGUUGUUUUUUGGUGCAUCGUCCAGAGAACGAGGCUCAAGACAUCGCCAGGUGGCAACAGGAACUUUCAGAAUAUUUCAAAGCAUUAAACCCGAAUGCUUUAGAGGAUGCCUUGCGUCAAUACUUACAUGUGGCCUCACAAAGUGCUCAAAGCCGAAUGCAGGUGCUUCUUGAACUCUUGGAGUAUUGCAUAAAAGAAGGUGUACUACAAACUAGAAAAGCAUGUGAAUUUAUCAUUACAACUGAUCAAUUAAACUACAAUAACUCACAUUUCUGGAUCUGUUGCUUCAAGCUGAUUAAAAAUGUUAUUGACUUAGUAGAGUACAAAGGGGUACGGGAAAUAAUGAAGGGGUGUUGUGAAAAGGCCAAAGGUUUACCCUUAAGAAUCACUGCUGGUAUUCAACCACAAACCCAAGCCCUUAUAGAUGUUGCAUCAAAAAUAAUGAACAGAGAUGCUUGUUUACUGCCAGGUUAUCUUCUGGUCAAUGAACUGCAGAAGGUUUAUUCAGAAUGCCCACAUUGGAGCCUAGCAGAAUUAUUUUCUGAUUAUGUAGAAAGUUUUAGACCAUGUGCUCAAAUGUUGUCGAUCAUUGGACACUCUCAAAUGCGUCCUGUAGUUGAACAUAGUGGUUGCCCUGAACAUUUAGUUAACCCUUGGAAGCUUGAUCCUUUAAAUUUAAGGUUUACUUUGAAAGGUACCCUACCAUAUGAUACAGAUUUGCUGGAAAAACAAACAGGACUACUUAGAUAUGUAUUAGAGCAACCCUAUAGUAGAGAUAUGGUCUGUGGAAUGCUUGGUUUAAACAAACAACAUAAACAACACUGUCAAGCCAUAGAAGAACAGUUAGUUGAGUUGGUGAUAGCUGCUUUGGAGAGAACUGAAACCGAUGGAGAAGAAACUGAUGGACUGUGGCUGCAUUUGUCUUCACAGCUGAUAUAUUUUGUCUUGUUUCAGUUUGCUAGUUUCCCUAAUAUUGUUAUGUCUUUGCAUACAAGAUUACAGGGUAGAGACUUGAGGAGAGGUAGGGAUCAGCUUAUGUGGGUGUUGCUACAAUUUAUAUCAGGUUCUAUACAGAGAAAUCCGCUAUCAAACUUCCUUCCAGUACUGAAACUAUAUGAACUUUUGUUCCCUGAAAAUGAAAUGCCUUUGCCAGUACCAGAUUUUAAUCAACCACAAUGUACAAGACAAAUGGCAAUGACUUGCAUUUGGAUCCACUUAUUAAAAAAAGCUCAAGCUGAAUCAAGCAACAUAAAUUGGCCAUUACCAAAUAAAUUGAGGUCACAUCAUGAGUUUUUGCAACAUUUAGUUCCACCCAGUAAUAGCUCUUUGGCAAUGGGGAAUGAUUAUAGGAUAGCUUUACUUUGUAAUGCUUACAGUACGAAUCAAGAAUGUUUUAGCAAACCUAUGGCAGCCUUAGUAGAAACAAUUCAAGGUAGCACAAAAACUGGAACUCCAAACUGUCCAUUACCUACUUGCCCUUUAAGUAUGGCUGUGCUGGACUCCUUGACAGUCCACUCUAAAAUGAGUCUUAUACACAGCAUAGUAACUCAUGUUAUUAAAUUAGCUGGAAGUAAAUCAGGAGUGCCAUUGGCUCCAGCAUUAGUAGAAACUUAUAGCAGGCUUUUGGUAUAUACUGAAAUAGAAUCUCUCGGCAUUAAAGGCUUUAUAAGUCAGUUGCUACCUCAAGUCUACAAGUUUCAUGCUUGGGGUACAUUGUAUACAUUGCUAGAGAUGUUCAGUUAUAGGAUGCAUCAUAUUCAUCCACAUUACAGGGUUCAACUUUUAAGCCAUUUACACUCUUUGGCAGCAGUUCCACAAGCCAACCAGACUCAAUUGCAUUUAUGUGUUGAAUCGACCGCUUUGAGACUGAUUACUGGUUUAGGGAGUGGUGACGUCCAGCCAGAACUUUCGCGCUUCCUUCAAGAGCCAAAGACGAUCGUUUCGGCGGAAUCGGAAGAGCUAAAUCGUGCGCUGGUUUUGACUUUGGCCAGAGCAACUCACGUCACCGGUUCGGAUGGCAAUUGGUGUCACGAUUUGCUCGCUACGAUCGCACAAAGUACCCCGCACGCCUGGGCUCCACACACUUUAGAAUGUUUUCCCAGGGCGCUGCAGGAAUUCUUUAAUCAACACGCGGUACCGCAAGAGAAUAAACAGCAACUGAAAAAGGCUGUGGAAGAGGAAAAUAGGAAAUGGGCCUCCAUGAAUAACGAAAACGAUAUUAUGGCCCACUUUGGCGUUCCUGGGGCUCCACCACUAUUUUUAUGCCUUUUGUGGAAGAUGUUGCUUGAAACAAACCACAUCAGUCCUAUUGCUUACAAAAUCUUGGAACGGAUUGGAGCAAGAGCACUUUCGGCCCAUUUACGCAAAUUUUGUGACUGUUUGGUUUUUGAGUUCAGCAAUUCUCCCGGGGGACAACACGUUAAUAAAUGUGUGGACACUAUUAAUGACAUGAUUUGGAAGUAUAAUAUUGUGACUAUUGAUCGACUGGUCUUAUGUUUGGCACUUAGGACGCAGGAGGGUAGCGAGGCUCAGGUCUGUUCGUUUAUAAUUCAACUAGUACUGCUAAAAGCUACCGAAUUUCGCAACAGAGUGUCUGAUUUCGUAAAAGACAACUCUCCCGAUCAUUGGAACCAGACGAAUUGGCAUGAAAAACAUCUGGAAUUCCACCGGAAGUAUCCAGAAAAAUUCGCACCCGAAGAGCAAUCGAGUGGUUAUCAUCCAUAUUUCGGAAAUGUUUGUCUUAGGUUUCUUCCUGUUUUUGAUAUUGUUGUGCAUAGAUUUCUGGAAAUAGCUCAAGUACAAAAAAGCCUAGAAAUACUACUCGAACAUCUCGGCUGCCUUUACAAGUUUCAUGACAGGCCUGUUACUUAUAUGUAUAAUACUUUGCACUAUUAUGAAGCAAAGUUAAGAGACAGACCUGCCUUGAAAAAAAAGCUAGUGGCUGCAGUCCUGGGCAAUUUAAAAGAAACCCUCUCAGAACAGUAUCAGAAUUUCUUGAAUAGGAACAACUCUGAGGAAAUGUUUUCUCCUGACCUUGACUAUUACAUUCAACUCGUAAAACGCGUCGUGGAUACCAUAGGAGGUUCUAAAGAAAACUCCAUGACAGACUGGCGCUUUAACGAAUUCCCGAAUGAAGGCGCUCAUAUUUUGUAUACCACUUGUGUGGAACUCAUGGCUUUGUCUGCGGGACCAACUAUUGUGGCUAAUAGUCUCUUGGAUGUUGUAGCCAAAGGGUAUGUGAUGAUCCCAUCAAAUGACAUACAUCAAUGGACUAACGCUAUUGGGCUAAUAUUAUCUGCGUUACCGAUAAGCUACUGGAGUGUGCUGCAUGACAGGCUGUUGCAAACCUUAUCGGAAUUAGAAACAUGGCCUUUUGACGUAUCACCGUUUAGAAUGUUUAAUUUCAAGGAAACCCAUUUAGGACUGCUACACAACAAAUACAGCUACAUGUUAGCCUUAGCACAUUCGGUAUGGCAUCAUGCUGGCCCUGGGCAAAUUGCCAGUGUACCCAGAUGGGUAAGAGAAUGUCUUCCAGCAGUCGUACGAACAGAAGAGCAGUUUCUAUUUGUGUGUCAUCUCGUGGGGCCCUUUUUACAAAGAGUGACCAACACGGCAUUAGUACAACUGACUACGUCGAUAUAUGAGCUUUUGGCGCAAGUGGAUGCGAGUCAGGCAGAACUAAAGCAUAUGGACCCGAUUUGUGAUCUUCUCUAUCAUAUAAAGUAUAUGUUUGUUGGUGACAGUAUGAAAAAGGAGAUUGAAGCAAUUGUGAGAAAAGUAAGGGCGCCUUUGCAAUUGAGGCUGAGGUUUAUUGUGCAUUUGAAUCUCGAGGAGGUGACUGCUACCUAGGUUAUACCAAAAAAGUGUAUUAAGAGAUGGGAAAUGUGUGUAUAUAAGAUCUCACGUAAAAACUUAUUAGUAUUGUUAAGUGUAAUAGUGAGCGCGCAGAGGUUUUAAAGAUAGUUCUUUAAAGCAGUUUUUUAUGGACAUAAAUAAAACUUCCUAGAAAAUAA